AUGUACGUGUCAGGACGCCUGAAAACGAUCAACAUGGAUCCUAUGACUCUACGUAGUCUAAUAAGUGUAUUGUUAGAUGAGAAUGCAGAUUUAUUACUGGAUCAGUUGGAGAAGAUUCUCUCAAGGGAAGAUGCAAAACGGCUGAGAUGGGAGACGCUCAACUGCACAUACCAUUUCAUCUCUCGACAUGCUGAUUUUCAGGGAAUCACUUCAGACCUCUUAGACCAGCAAAAUGAUGUCAUCAGACAAUUCCUGGCUAAGGCAAUACAGCUACAGAUGGAGGUGGUGGAGAAGGUGAUGGAGAUGGACAUGGCGAUGGACGCACUGGAACUUGUGCACCGGUAUAUCGAGAGGCAGGUCCAGCAAGAAUCCAUACUAAAUAACAUGAGACUGAGACAUGGAGGCAGAUGGCUCCUUAAUAUCGGACCUGGGAGGCCUUAUAGCUCAAGGUAUAUUCGCUUUAAGGCGAAUGGCAGCGAAGUUACUCUCUACAAGUGUUCUAUGGCUCCCAUCCCUCAUUGAUGUAUCGAUUCACCCGAGCAACCAACAUUAACAAGAUAGAGAAAACGC